UUAACUUAGAAACACCGGAGGAGUAGUUUAGAUGCAGCCAUUGUCUUGCAUCAUCAUAUUGUUUCUACUCCCAACAAAGGUGUUAAGGAUGUUUGUUAUGCCUUGUUGGAUUGCUCAUCACCCUUGACUCUGUGCUUAGACCACUCUCGUUAAAUAAACUUGCCAUUGCUCAUACUGAGCCAUCGGUUACAAAGUGGUUGUAUUCUUAUUUUUCUGAAAGGAGACAAUACACUAUCCAUAAAGGGAUGCACUCGACUUCAUUCCUUAUUGCAGCUCGUGUGUCUCAAGGUGCUGUACUUCCUCCUUUUCUGUUUUCGUUUCUUUUGCACGAUUCACCUUAUUCUGUUGAAACUAACUUUAUCAAGUAUGCUGACGACCUGACGAUUUCUAUUCCAGUCAACUCUUCUUUGAACUGCUCGAAAUCAAAUGAAUUCUUGUCUGAAGUUGGUAAAUGGUCUCUCUCAAAUGGCCUCAAACUAAACCCCUCUGAAUUUCAGACUAAUUUUGGCCUCAGGUGUAAACAAGACUUAUGUGAGCUGCUUAAAUCUCAUGACGCCUACUGCAUUGAUGGUAUUUUUGCAGAGAGUAAGUAAAUCGAGUGUUAACUAUCUUGGGUUGGGUUUCACUUCUGACCUUUGUUGGUCGUCCCAUAUUUUAUUGACUUGUAAAAAAAUCUUCCGU